CGAUAGGGUCGGUUGUUGAGUUGUUCCUUGCCCUUGACGAUCGCUUGUGUGUGCGAUUUUUAGACAAAGUGUAUAUGUGUGCGAGGGAAAAAUGGAUUCUUCAUCGGCGGUAGAGGAGGCAAAUUAUCAGGAGAAACCGAAAAAUUCCGGUGACCAAACGACGGUGAAGCGGUGGUUAACCGGAGCGGAGAAGGACGAAGGCGAGGAGGAGUGCGAUGCGGAAGCUUGGGAGACACUGAGCAAAAGUUUUAAGGAAGUUCAAUCGGUUUUGGAUCAGAACCGGUUGUUGAUUCAACAAGUGAACGAGAAUCAUCAGUCGAAGAUUCCUGAUAACAUGGUCAAAAAUGUUGCGUUGAUUCAGGAAAUUAAUGGUAAUAUCUCAAAGGGUCCUCUAGAUGCCACUUUGAUUCUGACACCUGCUGCUGAUAUCAACUUCUGAUUGGAGGUAAGUCACCAUUAUGAGUUUGGAGUCCAAUGUCACAGUUCCCCUAGUUCUCGAGCUGGGUUAACUUGAUCAUCCCUCAGGUACUGAACUGCCUACAAGCAUCCUUCAAGGGAGGCUUAUUGCUAGUCUAGAAUUCUGUAGGAAAGACUCCUCGGGAUGGUGCAGGGGUCUCUUGUAUCAUAUAAUAGGUUUCUCUAGUAUCUCUUGAUAUAUGGAUCGAGUAUGUUUGGUAGUAAAAUCUAAGAGCAUGUGACUAGAAUGUUUCUAGCUUCAGAGAAUCUGUUGUAUCUAGCAUCUACAAUGCUCAUUAGGGGAAACCUCAUUUGCAAACCAUCCAAGAAAUCUACAAUCAAUACAACAACAUUCUUUCUGUUCAAGUUUUUCUAGAAAUUUCCAACCAAGUCCCUAAGCAAGCAGUUUAGACCAACUUAGCACUCCAAAAAGCGAGUCAAGCGCUAGGCUGCAGUGUCGGGUAAGCAUAAGCAUUAGCCUUGAUGCUAAGUGAGCGUAAUUUGUCAAUCCAACAUCAAACAGAAUCUGCUAUUUUAUCUGUUAUCGUUCUGUGCUUUAAGCCUGUUGUUACUUUGCGCCACCAACCAUCCACCUGCUGCUCUGCAUUUUUUGUGUUACUUUACUUUGAGCCUGCCUUUCCUGCUAACUGAUCAGCUUUGUCAAUCACCAUGCUUCAUUGUAUUGAUGUAAUGGUCAACUUCGAAAGUGAUUGAUAUUACAGUUAAAAGUACACAAAAAAGCCCAAGCCCGAAGCUUGGCCCGAAGAGGCCCGGUUCUAGGUCAACUUUGUUUUCAAGGCUCAGUCAAAGCGUGGCCUUAGAAAGCCCAACCAGACCGUCUUUCAACCCCAAAGCUUGACGCCGGCCUGAAAAGUCAUGGGCUUUUUUUAGUCCACCGAAAACCGGCUUGGACGGCCUGGUCCCAAACUUGAAAAGCCCGCACGUUAUGGAUUUCUAGUUAAAUCGAGACGUUGGACCAGGAUAGCAGACUAGUGGGUGGGAUUUAUAGCUAAAGUAGAGUGGAGGUAGGCAGUUGGAGAGGUAGAGCGUGGGAGAUAGCUAGAUACGGUUAGGGGCCGUUUACUAAACACUUAUUCGGGUAAGCGUUUACCAAGUCAUAUU